AAUGGAAAAUUCAAAAUCAGAAAUUCUUCAUUGGAUUAAUGCUCUUUUAAAAGUAAUGAAUUCUAAUUAAAAUAGACAAACUUUACCAAAAUAGAACAACUAGGUAAUGGAGUAGCCUAUUGCAAACUACUAAAUAUGAUUGAUCCAACUUGUUUGAAUCCUUCUAAAAUAGUACUAAAAACAAAAACCUAAAUUGAUCACAUCAGCAAUCUCAAGCUCUUCCAAACUGCUAUGCAGAAACUUCACAUGAAAAAGCAAUUUGACAUUGACAAAGUUAGUAAAUGUUACUUCCAUGAAAAUUAUGAUUUAGUCUUGUUUUUGAAGAAGUAACACACCCUGAGAUUCUCUGGCAUAAAUAAAGAAAACACAUCCAUCAACAAUUCCAUAAUUUAUGAAAAUCCUCCAAAUAUUAUAGAAGAAUAAUAAACUACAAAUUAUAAUUUACUUAUUUAAAUAGCAUCUAUUAUGCAGACUUCAGAUUUAGCUGAAAAUAAAGUGUUAUAAACAAUAAAUUUAUUGAAAUCACAUAACAUUAUUAAAUAAAGUGCUCACUUCAUCGAAAAUAAUACUCUGUAUGAUAAUACCAAUAACAUAUUUAACAUGUUUAACAAUUCUAAUCAAAAUGUGUUUAAUACUGACAAUCUAUUCAAAACAGAUUCAAAAAAUAAAUAAUCUCUUGAAUAGUAAAACAAUUUACUAUGCGAAACUCCAGAAAUGCUACUUGAUCCUCAUCAAAACAAUGAGGAUAUAUUUGAACACUAAUCUUCAUCCAAAUUGAUUAUGAAAAUUCAAUCAUAAUCAAAAUAAUAAUUGGAAAUUAAAAAAGAAACCCCAAAUUUUUGUGAAUCUCCAUUUAUUUAACAACCACAAUAAAAUAGUCUUGCUGAAUUCAUUAAAUCAGAAAGUAAAUAGUAAUAAUAAUAUAUGCAAUAAUACUCUAUGUAAAAGUAAUUGCAGAUGUAAAAUCAGAUUAAUAAUAAUAAUAAUCCACCACAAGAAUAUUAAUCUCCAUUUAGAGAUUAAGUUAUUCAAUAAUAAUUAUCUUAAUAGAAGGAGAUUUUCAAUUAGACUACAAAUCCUUAAGUUUUUUCUUCUUACAAAAAAGAAACACCUUAAAAUAAUAAUUCUGUGUUUUAUUCCUGUAAAGAAUAAGGAGCAAUAAUUGAAGAAUGA